CUAUUUAAAAAGGAUCACUUGAUUUAUUCGACCUAAAAUUAAACCGGUGCUUAGUCAGGAAAGCCAUCGCUUAAUGCUGCUUAGAAACGGUGUCAAAUUUCGAACUAAUAAAUGUAAACAUUAUCUUUUCAAAGAAAAGCAGGGAUUUAAAACAGCAAAAUUAAACGAGAAGCGAGAUAAAUUUCAAAAACAAAAAGCAUCAUUGUUAAUCACCAACCAUCAUUGUUAAGGUCUCAUUUCAUAACUAUCGACUUUACUCCUACCUCUGACCAAUGAUGUCAAACUACACAUUAAGAAAAAGAAAGAAAGGAAAGAAAGAAAAAACUCGUCAAGUUGACUAAUCACUGUGGUUUACUACCACAGCAAAAGUCGUCGUUGUUGGAGUGACGAAUGUUGACUUUUGACCCAAGGCGUCGUAUUAUGGUUGCGCGAAUCACAGCUGAGAAUAUUGGGCUGAGUACAAUACGCUAAGUGUCCUCCUCUGUCAGUGUCACUUUAGCGGAUCUGCGAGUUCAGAUAUCUUCAGAGAAACAGGUGGCCUACACAUUGACCCUAGACACAGUGGCUCGGUUGAUGCACUUAAACAAACUGCAGAGAGCUUAAUAACCAGAAAACUGCAAGACCAAAGGUCCGCCACAGUAUUUCCGUCGCAUGUAGUGCGCCUCAACUUAAGUGAGUCACCGAAAUCCAAAGAAUAUAAGAGAUUUGUCCCACAAUCAAUCAGGACAUUGGGACUUUGACGCUUCGUCACGGAUCGAAGGAUGUUAUGACAACGGCGGAGUGUAGAUGACUGAAUUGUGCUUUUAUUGUGUUAAGCAUAUUUCUGAUAUAUUAACAAACCUGAUAAGAUGUCGGAAUAUAGUCGACUGACAGUGGAGAACUUGGCUAAAAUAGACACUGUGCCGAGUCAAACUCACGGACGAAGGCAGUCCGUGGUGACGUCGACGUCCCAUCAGAGCUCCGAGCUGAUGCAGUUACGAAGAGCGUCGCGUUUUGACGGGUCGGGGCCACAGCCCGGGGGGAGGCGGCUGUCCACGUUGUCAAGGGGAAGCUUAGCAGGGAUCCAUAUGAUGCACCGGGCCAGCCGUGGGGACGCUCUCCUCGCUGCGCGCUUGCCUAAAAAUUUCCAAAACACGUACAAAAUGACACCAGAUCCCGGGGAGCGAUUUAACGCCUCGCGGGUCGAGAAAUCUAUUAGCUCUUUACUGGCCUCCUAUCUGGAGGGCGUCCAGUACAACCCUAUAACGUGCGCACAGCUUUCGCAGACUUUGACAGAGGCUGUGAAAGGCAGAGUGAAGGAUAUGAACUUUCCACGGUACAAGUUUGUGUGUAGUGUGAUCGUCGGGCAGAAUACAGGACAAGGACUAUAUGUGGCAAGUAGAAGCAUAUGGGAUGCGGGUACAGACAACUACGCCACUGCAGCAUACUCAAAUGCUACGCUAUUUGCGGUAGCAAUGGUCUUUGCUACCUACUUUGAGUAAAGGAGUCCAUACGGCACCGCUCUAACCACAAGGAUUCCUGUAGUUGAAUACAUCAUUAUUACCAUUAUGAUUCACAUUAUCAUUAAUACUAUUAUCAUCAUUAUAAUGUUUUUAUUUUUGUGUUAAAAUUACUUGGUUGUGACUUAGGUCAAUUAUAAGAUGAUUUCUAUUACAUGGCAGUCAAUCCAUACUAUCCGAGCUUGAAUUAUUCCCCGUAUUGUGCUAAUUGUGCGGAGAAGGAUCAACAAAAACAAUUUGAACGGGCGCUGAGAAAGGGAUAUCGGAUUCAAGUUUAGCACUUUGUUGAUGAUUGAUCUAUAUUGUACUGUCGAGUUAAGAACUCUGCUAAUUGCAAAAAGAUAAAGUUAAUCAAUAACAAACUCUGUCAUUAGAAAGAGAAUACGUACAGGGCUAUUAUUUCAAUCAAAAUUGAAAAAAAUUAUGUUGAAUGAGCUUUACAUUACAAUUGGUGUUAAGAAAUAUAUUGUAUAUAGUAAUAUCAGGUAAAACAAUACUGAUAAUAUACUGUAUUAUGCCAACCUCUCCUUUCUUUCUCUCUCCGUUUUAGCAAACAAUCGAUCGUGUUUAUAUUGCGUGUUCUUUUACCAAUUAGCAAAAUGAGACUUCAUUUAGGGAAAAGGUUAUUUCUUUUUUAAGAAGCCAUAAUUCUAAAAUUGAAUGGCGUCAAAAUUUGCGUCAGAAGCGGAUUUUUGUUUGCGAAUCUCGCAUUUGCAUUUAAGUGCUCCUCUUUGCAUUCGGAAUAGGGAACAAUAAGAAGUUGGAAACAGUCGGUGAUUUUUGUCAAGAAACACUUACAUAUAGAUGAAAACCCCAUGCAUUUGGCAUAGAGACAGCGGUCUUUGCUUGUUAAUUACAGUUUCUGGAGUUUCCCGGUAUUCAAUAAAAUGCGCACAGGUGAUGCUGCUCACUUGUUUCUUGGAUCUGUUUCACAGAAAUCGGUCUUAACUAUGACUUUAAAAAAAAAUUAGCGACUAUGCUGUUUCACAAAACAAUUUUUAAGGGUUUGUUACCCCUAUUUUUUUAGUCGUAAAUCUCAGUUCUGAGAUAAAAUUCGAGUUGUCUUGAUCUCGGUAUUUACUCAUAGUAUUUACUCAAAAGUAAUUGUAGGUCAAUAAUUCGGAAAACACUCUUAGACUACUGUAAUAUCGGAAAAUGGAAGUUGUAUAACUACAGGUCCACUUUCUAAGUCAAGCCCAAAACUUUUAAAAGUCCUUUUGUAAAAAUUGACUCUGCUAUCCCGGACGUCAACCGAAUGACGUCAGAGAAAAUUAAGUGCAACAAAGUAAUCAAUUCUGGCAGUUAGAGACUCUAAA